AUGAAUGAAAGGAUACUAAAAAGUAUUUGGAAGUGUGAGUCAUCAUGUCUAUUAAGCAAAAAUAAUUUUAACACAAGUUUGUUUUCCACAUUUAAAAUAUCACGAUGUAACACUUUACGUUUGGAGGGGAAAAAGAAGUUGGUGGCACUUGGGUGUGCGAAUCAUCACAGCGUGGUGCGCGGGAGUAAGGAAAGGAAUUAUCAUCAUCGGGAGAAGAACCAACUCUUGGACGAUGGAGCACAGACUGUCUGGGCCGGGGGUACAAACAAUAAUAGGGGAAGCUGCAGUGGUGAAGGCCCACCGUUAAAAGGGACACACUACCCCUUCCUCUUUGACAAGGGCGUCCUAAUGCUACGCGCCUGGCGAAACCAGGACUCCUGGAAGAAGCCGCCCGUGAGUUCGUAUUCAACCGUCAGAGGGAGCAAAGAUGAACGUGGUGGGCGACAACCACGAAAAAAGGAUGCUGAUGGGGGUGUGCAUACAAAUAGUGGGUCAGUCGAGAAGGACGAACCCGAAACCCACAUGCGUAAGAACAAGCCAAAUGUUCAAAAAGACAAUCAAGUGGGUUGCAAACAGGUGGAUGGUCAUGGCGACACGCUGCAUGAUACGCGUGGGGAGGAAAAAGCAAAAAUUGCGAACCACGUUAGCAGCAGUGGAGCGGUACGCACGAACGGUGGCGAGACGGAGCAGAACGAAAAGGGAGAGCAUGUUUCGGAAGGCCAUAAUAUCAUUUUGCAGCGGGAUGAUUCACAGAGUAGUAGUGACGAUGGAAAAGACGAACUAACCGAGAAGCUAAGAAAAAAAAACGAAUUAAAAAAAGUGUUAAAUAUAAUAUUUUGUUCAUCCAUUCCUAUGAUAGGAUUUGGGUUCAUGGACCAAUUUAUAAUGAUUCGUUUGGGGGAUAUUUUUGAUGCGUCCAUCGGAGUGUCCUUCGGCAUAUCGACCCUGUGUGCUGCUUCCUUUGGCCAACUGUGCAGUGACACGUUUGGAAUAUUUUUUGGUUACGUCUUAAAUUAUUUAUUACAAACUUAUAAAGUAAUUCAGCCAGCCAAAUUCGACAUAAAAAAUAAAGUGUACCAAUAUUGCACCUUAGUGGGAUCCGUGUUGGGGAUUCUAUUAGGUUGUGCCCUUGGUAUGUUGCAACUCAUUUUCAUAGACACAACGAAGAGUGAAAGAUUGAAAAAAAAAAAAGAAUUAGAUUUUAUAUUUCAAAUGGUUAUGUGUGAUUGUUCCAAUAUUUUAAACUGCGAAACAUCAACGCUGUUUCUCUACGAUAAAGCCAAAAAUGAAUUAUGGAGCAAAGCCAUACAUGGAAGAAAAAAUAUUAUAAAGAUAUCAGCCAAUAGUAAUGAAAAAAGUUUCAACCUCUGGGUUCUUCGAAAUAAAGAAAUAAUUAAUUGUAAAGAUGUCGUAAAUAAUGAAUUAUAUAACCCGGCACAUGAUGAAAAAUUUAAUUUCAAAACGAGGACCAUUUUAGCUGCACCCAUUUUAGAUCGAAAUAACGAAGUUGUUGGUGUUCUUAUGUUCCAUAACAAACUCAGAUCCCAUGGUGGAUACUUCACCCGGAAUGAUGAAAAGCUAGCAGAAAUGAUGAGCAAACAUAUUUCCAUUUUCAUGGAAAAGUUCAAUUAUAUCAGUGAGGGAGAUAAAAAAAUGAUCAUCUUCGAUAAGGAAAAAAACGUGUCACGCGAGGGGGAGGAAGAAGAGACAGAAGAGGAAGAGGACGAAAAUGACCCACUCGUACUCAACAACAAUUUGAACAACAACCAAGAGACAGGUGAAGUAACACAUGAGGGAAAUAAACCUCAAAGCAAACACCAUCCAAUGAAAGAACGCAAAAGAAAAAGAAACGCAAAAAAAAAUUUGCAUUAUCAAAUUUCGCAAAUAGAUGAAGAUGAUAAAAUAUUCGACGAAGGAAAUGAAAAUGCAAACAUCAAGCAGUUUGAUGAGUACUAUGAUGAGAAGACAGAUGAUGAGGAGGAGGAGGAGGAGGAAGAGGACGACGAUGAGGAUUACGACGAGGAUGAGGAAGACGCGGAGAGGGAGAACCUUGCGCAGCAAGGGGAGGUAGAGGCAUGUAAAGGAACCCAGACUGGUAGUAGGGAGCUCAUGGAAAAGGAGCAGAAGGAUAAAUUGGAGGAGAAACCAGGUGAAAUAAUAAACCUGUUGCCCAUUUCAAAAACGGGAGAGAAGAAAAAUGAACAACCAGUUAACCAUUUCCUAGUGGAAGAUCAUUUUAACCAUAGAAAGCAUAUUCUUAGUGCAGGGAAGAAUAGCUCAAAAGAGUUGCAAGAAGACCCAGUUGACUGCAAAGUCGAAAUGAUUAACCGGGAGGAUGACCAAGGUGAACCACAUAAACUCUCCAUUUUAAACAUAGACAAGAAGGUAACAGAUCACGCGCAGAACAAGGGGUUUUCCUGGUUCGGGCAUUUCAACUCAGGGGGGGCUCUCCCCGUGUCAUCCCAUCCCCACACUGUUGCAGGAAGGGCUACUACUAAUGAGAACCUCCCCGAUGAGCGUAACAGGAACAGUGUCGCCAAUCACCACACACACACCGACCGCACCAACGAAGGAGAAAAGGAACCCACCAAUUUUAAUAUACUAUCAAUUGUCCCCAAUGUGGAAGAAAACUUUUUUAAAAAGCGCAAAAAGGACAAGUACAAUUUGUACGAAAAAAAUUCUGAGCAAAAUGUUAAUUUGGGGAGCAAGUGGAAGAAGCUUAGUAGAGGUUCCUUAAGCACCAUGUUGAGUGAUGGUGUUUCUGAAGAGGGAGAAGUAACUACCCCUAGUUGGGCAAAUUCGGAAGUUAGCUACCCCCAUGUGGAGGGGAUGGACCAUUACGGUGAAGACGGUGCAGGGAUUGGUGCAUCUGGCCACUCGAACGGUGGGUCUUCUAUUUACAAAGGAGGCGUUGCUGCAGAUUACACCUACUACUACGACGUGGAGUACGCCAGCGAUUACGGAAACCUGUAUGUGAAGGACUUUGCCAGUGGGGUGGCGGCGAACAAUGCGUUCGAGAAUGAUCGAAAGAAGGCACAAAACGACUCCAUCGAAAGUUACCACCGCGGAUACAACAGCGCCAUUCUGAGCGAGACUCUAUGUAAAAACUCGUCCCUGUCCGUGGCUAGCGGAAUAAAGGAAGAGCCUUUCAAAAGACAUACGAAAAAUUACGUACAUGCGAAGGGGAUCUUAUUGAGGAAAGCAGCUCUUAUGGACGGAGCCGGAAAAAUGUACAGCUCCAGUGCAUACAACUCAGAAAAGUACUUUUCACAUAUCCACUUUGCGAAAAUAUUUAAUAUGGUCUCUGAAAAAAAAAUGAAUAUAAAAAAUUUCAAAAUUUUAAAAAAUAUCUACAAGUACAAUUUAAGUAAAAUUUUUUGUAAUAAUUACAAAUAUAUAAUUGUGAAGAAAAAAAAAAAAUUACGAAAGUUUUGUUACAGACUUAAACAUUUUGACAUUUGUAAAGUGGACCAUUUCUGGUUCCAUAUAUAUUGCCAAAAUGAGUUGAAAAAAAUUUUCUUCCGAAAUUUACACUUUAUAAUCGAUUUACAUAACACACGCAUUGUUGAUUUUAAGCUCAUCAACAAUUAUAUUCUUCAUAAGAUUUACGAGAAUACCACUGUCAGUCGUCUCGCACCAAGCACAUGCUACAACAUUAAGAUAAUUGAUUUUUUCUUCAAGGAAAAUUUGUACCUUUUAAAUAAAAGCACCAUGAAUGAUAUCAUUUAUAAGUAUAUUAUUUUUUACUACUGCAGAAAAAAGUUGAGAAAAAAAAAUUUUAAUUAUUACAAUUACCAGGACAUGUACAUCGCGGAGAACUUCUUCGGUCAAAAUACUCACACCAAGAAGGUCCCCAAAAUUCUGGAUGAGGAUUUAGGCAAGAAGAGCGCCAUAGUUACGGUGGACCGAUAG